UGCGGUGUUUUUCAGUUCUUUGUCGGCUUGCGUUGCGUUGUGACGGUCUUCUUGAAUUUAGGUUGCGCUUGGUUACGCUUGCUGCGACUCGGUUCCGUUGUCGUCGUCGUUGCCGCCGGACAUUGCGUCGGGAAAUGUGAAGGAUAUCUGAUUGUUCUGCUCGCCAUGGAAACCUUUCACCAGCCGUUUGUGACGAAGUGAUCUCUGGAAAUCGGAAGAAAGUGUGUGUGCUUUUGCGUGCGUGUAUGAUACCGAAGGUCGAACCGUUGCGUCUCUGUGACCUCCGGGGUGUUUUGUGAAGAUCAACGUCAAGAAGCACGGCACAGUACAACGUACGAGGCGGUGGUUUGUACGAACCGCAAGAACGUGCCACGUGCCGCCACCAUUGCAGUACGUACAUUACCGAUCGUGCCUCGCGGGGAAAAGACGAGUAGUGAUCAUGAAGCUGAGCAAGAUCUUCAACCACAAGUUUGUGCUCGGCAGCUGUAAUCUAAUUUUCAUGCUAUGCGGCAUCACUCUACUGGCCACCGGUUUCUACAUGUUCACCGAUGCUCCUCGGAUUCUUCUAUCCCGUCUACUGAUCUCAGCGAGCGAACAGCACAAAACGGCACUCUCGGAACUGGACCAACCGCUGUUCUACUAUGUUGCCCUAGGGUUGACCUCAGCAGGUCUGGUGGCCAUCACCGCUUCGCUACUGGGCUGCUGGGUAACCUGCAUGAACACGUAUUGUAUUCUAACGAUUUACUUUCUCAUCAUUCUGUGUCUCCUGAUCGCCGAAUUCGGUGUCUGUCUGAUGAUCACCGCUUGGCCCCAGUGCCUCGGUUUGAACCUGGACGAAACGGCUAUGGUUAAAGCCCUACAAGGAAGCUACGGAGUGCCUGAUCAUGAACAGUUCACCGCCGCCAUGGAUCUUGCCCAAACCAUCUUCGAGUGUUGUGCUGUCAACACCGCCAUCAACUACGACACAUCUCUGUGGAAGCUGCAGAGUUUGGGCAAGAAGGAGCUAACCGUGCCACUAACGUGCUGUAAAUUGCAGAAUCGAUACGAGUUUUCGGCCUAUUUGGACCCUAUACCAACGAAUCUUACCCUUUGUCAGGCUCUUCAACCACAUGACUACGAAAGUAGUAGACAUUUGGACGGUUGUCUACACAAGAUCGAAAUUUGGUAUCGCGAACAGUACUUUCUGUUCCUGUGUGCCGGUCUGAUCGUCGCCGUAGUAGAAUUCUGCGUCCUGCUGAGCAUCAUCCUGAGCUGUACAAAGUUACCCAGGCGAGCGGCUCACCGUGCACCGGAACGGAUCUCUCCAACGGGAGGUCUCGUUCGACCGGGGCGGCUGGGUGUUCGGGAUAACAUCUAUGAGCGGGACCUGCCGACACCGGUUCCGGUGCCGACGAUACGUGAGACGUACAUUCAACCCAAAGAGUUUACCAAAUCGAGACACGAGAUUCCGUUCAAUAACGGAUCGCACUACUAUCAGAUUUCGAAGAGCUAUCUCGUGUAGUGUAGUUGUUUUCCAUAGGAUAACGAUCGAUUGACUUAGGAUAAGGCUUAUGAUUAAAUAUUUGAUCAAGAAGA